GAGAGAGGGAGAGAGUGGGAGACUGACAGGCGUUACAGAAACUAGACGAACCAAAGCGUCGACAUGAGCGGUCAGUUUGAGGAAGAUAUCCACGACCGGGGCGAGAGGAAGAGCAGUAAAUCCCCGACGCUGCUCUCCUCUUACUGCAUAGAGAGCAUUCUGGGCCGCCGGAGUCCCUGUAAGGUCAGACUGAUAGGAGCGCAAAGUUUGACGGGUCUGCCCGGCAGAGGAGAGCUCGACAAAGCGGCUGACGGAUCAACGAAAGACCCCCUUUCCCUCAGUGCUGACAUGCACCUGCCACCCAAGCUCCGCCGGCUGUACGGACCCGGGGGGAAGUACCUCCACGACCACGCAGAGAAGCUGGACAGGGAGCGACUUCUCCUGGAGCACGCCAGCGACAGCCUCAAAAUCAGCCAGGCGCCGCAGGUGAGCAUCAGCCGCAGUAAGUCCUACCGGGAGAACGCGUCACUGAGCCGGGGGGAAGGCGACCAGAGCCCCGGGGAGGGCUCGGAAGACGGCAGCCUGGGACUGGUGGAGCUCGGUCCGUUGAAGUUCGAGGAGGACGCCGGGAAGGAAGAGGAGAACUGCGCGGACGCGGCAGCGCUGUCCCCGAAGGACGAAGAGAGGGAGAGCUUGAACGCCGGGGAUGGGGACGUGAGGGACGGGGAGGACAGCGUGUGUCUGUCUGCGGGCAGUGACUCGGAGGAAGGGAUGCUGAAACGGAAGCAGAGAAGAUACAGGACUACGUUCACCAGUUACCAGCUGGAGGAGCUGGAGAGGGCUUUCCAGAAGACACACUACCCCGACGUCUUCACCAGAGAGGAGCUCGCAAUGCGCCUGGAUCUUACCGAGGCCCGUGUUCAAGUGUGGUUUCAGAACCGCAGGGCCAAGUGGAGGAAGCGCGAGAAGGCCGGGGUGCAGGCCCACCCGUCAGGCCUGCCGUUCCCAGGCCCCCUUGCGGCUGGCCACCCUCUCAGCCACUACCUGGAGGGAGGUCCCUUCCCUCCCCACCCACACCCAGCCCUGGAGUCUGCCUGGACGGCUGCCGCAGCCGCAGCGGCGGCCUUCCCAGGCCUGGCCCCACCGCCUCACAAUGGCUCUGCUCCACCCCUGGCCACCCCGCUCGGCCUGGGCACUUUUCUGGGCACGGCUGCCAUGUUUCGCCACCCUGCCUUCAUUGGACCCACUUUUGGCAGGCUCUUCUCCAGUAUGGGUCCCCUGACCAGUGCUUCCACCGCUGCAGCUCUUCUCCGUCAGCCUGCUCCUCCUGUAGAGAACCCCUCCCACGCAGGGCCUGUCCUCCCUGACCCUUCCGCUUCUUCCUCCACCUCCUCUUCCUCAGCUGCAGCAGACCGCAGGGCCUCCAGUAUCGCCGCGCUGCGCCUCAAGGCGAAGGAACACUCGGCUCAGCUCACCCAGCUUAACAUCCUGCCCACCGGAGCCGCAGGGAAGGAGGUGUGCUGAACACUCAACACCAGCUCUAGGCCCCCCUUGUCCCGGGCUUACGUCCCAUUCCAUGACACCCCUGUCCCACGUCCAAAAACCCAUUCAUACCUCUGGAGGCUGAUGACCUGAUGUCCCGUGUUCAACCAUCCCUGUUACCUCAUGUUUCCCCAACAAAAUAGCACGACCAAAUUCAAAAGAGCACUAGCUAAAAAAAAGUGUGUGUUUGUGUGUGUGUGUAUAAUAAUUACAGCUAUUGUAACAUUGUUUCACGCUUCAUUGUUUAAACAACAAUAACAGCAUUUUAAGCUUAGAAAAUUAAAUUCUUUUCAAUAUUUCUUGAGAUUUUAUCAAUAAAUUAAACUUAAAAUUACGUUCUGUAUCAUCACUUCAGGUAUAAUGUAUACUUUUACAUAGUAUAUAGACAGUACAAAGCACACAUAUCGCCAGUGAAGGAAUGUAACAAUGUACAUUGAGUUCUGUACUUUAAAUUUGAAGUACUUGUACUUUACUCUAGUAUUUCCAUUUGUUUCCACUUUAGACUUAUACUUCACUACAGAGAAAAACGAUGUACUUUUAAAUCCACUACAUUACUUUACAAAUGAUUUAAUUCAGAUAUCUAAAAUAUCUGCUGAUCUUACAAAAUAUGAAGCAUUGUUAUAGAUGGAACUACCUAACAGUAUGGAAAAAAUUAGAUCCAUCUCAACCAGCUACAACAACCUGCUACUCACACAAUAAUGCCUUAGGAAUAAUACUUCAGUAUUAUAACUCUCACAGGGGCCAUUUUCUGU